AAAAAAAAAAAAAAUGGCUGAUUCGGAUACAAUAAUGACACCUGUGGAGCAAACUCAGGAGCAUGCUACUUUUGAUCCAUUAGCUUUUGAUUUUUUGGAAGCUGUCAGUCAACUCUCAACCUUGGUUAGAGGAUCUAGUUUUGGCAGUCUUGAUCUUGAACUCCUUCACUCUCCAACAAAAACAACGUCCAACACACAAAUUCUCGACACCGUAUCAAAAGCCAUGAUUAAGCCAGAAUGGACAUUGAGUGUUAUUCGCUUAUUCCGACCUAUUAUCAUUGAUUUAGUUGCUCGUUGGACUUUACCCGGCUUUACAACAUUUUUAGACACUGCCUCUGCCUCGCCAAACGCAAGCAGUACUGUAUAUAAAAUCGAAUUGGUUGCAAGAGCUUUUAGCAUUGUACUUCCAAUUGUACCGCAAGUGAAAAGCUUGGCUGUAACAUAUUUUACCCAUUCAGCAUCCUUGUUUGAAAGAUUAAAUCAUUUAAAUACUAAUGAUCAAGUCGAUGUCACACCUUCUUUGACAGCUGAAUUACAAGACUUACUACUCACCACAUAUCGAUUACUCGAAUUCUCAUCAUCUGCAUUUAUUUCAUUAUGGAAUUGGGGUCCACUUGUUCAGUUGCUUCAGAUUGAAAGUCCUUGUGUUCGCUAUUUGGCUGUUUUGUGUCUCAGCAAAGUGUAUAGUCUUAGUGACGCACAAACCAAGAGCUUGCUGACUUCUGUUGUGGGUCGCUCUUUAGACGAAUCCGACGAACCUCUUUAUACGCUCAUUAACGGAGACACUGUUGAUUUAAGAUUCUUGAGCUUGUAUGAACAACAGAGAUUGGCAGAUGCUCAAAUAUCCUUCUUACAAAACCAUUAUCAUUUACAAGAAGACAAAGCCCACGAGUUAUCGGGAGCUGAUUUAUGUUCUCUCACUUGCAAUUUGUGUGGUGUAUUGAUUCCCAAAACAACAUAUGCUUCAGAAAAAGAAGACACUACAAGACAGGCUUACGACCCCAAGCUUGUUCUGACUCAAACUACAUCAAAAAACUUACAUGCUAUCAGUCUUGCAUUGUCAAUCGGUGCACCCACACUCUUGGAAGGUGUUACUGGCGCAGGCAAAACUGCAUUGAUUGAAGAAUUAGCCAAUAGAACAGGUAGAGGUUCAGAAUUGGUAAAGAUUCAUUUAGGUGAUCAAACUGAUCCCAAAGUACUACUUGGUACCUAUGUUUCGACCUCAACGCCUGGUUCAUUUAGAUGGCAAGCUGGUGUUUUGACUACAGCUGUAUUGGAAGGUCGAUGGGUUUUGAUUGAAGAUAUUGAUUUAGCUCCUGCUGAAGUUUUAUCUGUCCUUUUGCCUCUUUUGGAAACAAGACAAUUGUUUAUUCCUUCUCGAGGUGAAAAGAUCAAAGCAAAGGAAGGAUUCCAAUUGUUUGGUACAAGAUCUUUUGUUCCUACUAGAUCUGGUAAAGGUAUGAGUUCCAGAGGUGGCGAACUUAUGACAGGUGCAAAUUUAUGGACAAGAGUGCAUGUUGAGCCUCUUUCAAUGGAAGAAUUAGAAUUAGUUGUUCGCCAGAAAUUUAUGCAUAUCGGUGACUUUGCUUCUCAUGUCAUGAAGCUUUUUCAAACUAUUGUUGGCAUGUACCAAGAUCCUAAUUUCUCUGCGUUAUCCUCUUCAACCAUGGGUCGCUUUCUUUCUACGCGUGAUUUGAUGAAAUGGUGUCGUCGUGUUGAUUUAUUGAUAGGCGAGAAAUUGAACGAUACAGCUUCAAUUGGAAUGGACUUGAGUCUUCGUCAAGAUUUAUUCAGUGAAGCCAACGAUUGUUUUUGUGGUAUGAUUUCUGAUUACAAUGUUUGGAUGACCGUACUCCAAGCACUGGGACAGCCUUUGCAAAUCUCAGAAGAAUUAGUGCGCAAUUAUGUUGAUCAAUAUAAGCCAGUACUCGAAUUGGAUGAAAACAAGGUUCGUAUUGGCCGUGUCAAUCUAUCAUCUAUUGCAGCAACGGGCAAGCAAAAGCAAAAACAGGCUUUAAUCAAACGUGAAAAAAAGCGACCAUUUGCAACUACUGGCCAUGCUUUAAAGUUGAUGGAAAGAAUUGCUGUCAGCAUUCACUUGAAUGAACCUGUGUUACUUGUUGGUGAAACAGGUACUGGUAAAACAACUGUUGUUCAGCAUCUGGCCGAUAUGAUACAUCAAAAUUUGAUUGUCGUCAACUUGUCACAGCAAUCAGACAGUUCCGAUCUUUUGGGUGGUUUUAAGCCUGUGGAUGGUAAAGUUUUGGCUAUUCCAUUGAAAGAAGAAUUCGACCGCUUGUUUGAAAAGACUUUCUCUGUAAAGAAGAACACCAAAUUUUUGGAAAUGGCACGCUUGACCUUUAUACACCAACAAUGGCCCAAUUUUGUCAAAAUCUUGAAGCAAGCUAUCAAGAUGUCUCAGCAAAAAUUCGAAGCUGAACAAAAUGUAGAGAGCAAAAAAGUAUCUUCCCCAACAUUGCGUAAUGCCUGGAAAACUUUUGCUAAGCGUGUAGAGGAAUUUGAGGUUCAACAAGUUCAAGCACAAAACAAGUUUGUGUUUAAUUUCAUGGAAGGGUCGCUUGUUAAGGCAGUUCGUCAGGGUGAUUGGAUUUUGCUCGAUGAAAUCAACUUGGCUACUACCGAGACAUUGGAGUGUCUCUCUGGCUUGUUGCAGGAUGCUCAUGGUUCGCUUUUAUUGACAGAAAAAGGUGAUGUUGAACCUAUCAAGCGUCAUCCCAAUUUCCGUCUUUUUGCCUGUAUGAAUCCUGCCACAGACGUUGGAAAGCGUGAUUUGCCUCCUGGUCUCCGCAACAGAUUUACAGAAUUUUAUGUUCAUCCUCCUGAUAACCGCCAUGAUGAUCUCUUACAAAUUGUUAAGCAAUAUCUUGUUGGAAUUGCUGUUGGAGACGAAAGAUCUUAUGAUGAUGUCGCCGAGUUUUAUAUGACAGCAAAGAAAUUAGCUGCUGAACAUAAGCUUGUUGAUGGUGCCAAUCAACGUCCUCAUUUCAGUAUGCGUACUUUAGCUCGUGCAUUGACCUAUGUUGCUCAAAUCUUCCCUACAUAUGGUUUAAGACGUUCUUUAUACGAAGGUUUCUCAAUGACUUUCCUGACUCAGCUUGAUAAGGAAAGUGAAGUAACUAUGCGUGAUCUUAUCCACAAGACUAUUUUGCGUGGUGUUCAGAAUCCUCAAGGGCUUAUUACACAAAUUCCUCGUCAACCAAGUGAAGACUUUAUUCAAUUUGGCUAUUUUUGGCUUCAACAGGGUCAGUUCCCACCAGAAGAGGAUACUCGAUAUAUUAUGACCAAGUCAGUAGAAACAAAACUUUACAAUCUUGCUCGUGUGAUCAUGUCCAGAAAGUUCCCUGUUUUGAUCCAAGGCCCCACUUCUGCUGGUAAAACAUCCAUGGUUGAAUACAUGGCCAAAAAGACAGGUCAUCGAUUUGUCCGUAUCAACAAUCACGAACAUACUGAUCUUCAAGAAUACCUCGGCACUUAUGUAUCAAACAACGAAGGAAAGCUUGUCUUUCAAGAAGGUGUUUUGGUUGAAGCCCUUCGUAAUGGUUAUUGGAUUGUUCUUGAUGAACUCAACCUAGCUCCUUCUGAUGUUCUAGAAGCUCUAAACCGCUUGUUGGAUGAUAAUAGAGAACUGCUAAUACCCGAGACCCAAGAAGUUGUCAAACCCCAUCCUCAUUUUAUGUUGUUUGCUACUCAAAAUCCUGCUGGUCUUUAUGGUGGCCGUAAAGCAUUGUCUAGAGCUUUCCGUAACCGUUUCCUCGAACUUCAUUUUGACGACAUUCCAGAAGAUGAGCUUGAAACUAUUCUCUCAAGACGCUGUAGUAUUGCUCCCUCAUACUGUAAAAAACUUGUAAAGGUUUACAAGGAAUUAAUGGAACGUAGACAAAGCACUCGAAUCUUUGAGCAAAAGCAUGGUUUUAUCACUCUUCGUGAUCUUUUCCGUUGGGCUGGUCGUGAUCCUCAAGGUUACCAAGAAUUAGCUGAACAUGGCUAUAUGCUUUUGGCAGAAAGAUGUCGUAAGGAUGAAGAAAAGAAGGUUGUUAAACAAGUUCUUGAGCAAGUCAUGAAAGUUAAGAUUUCUGAAGAAGCAAUGUACAACUGUGAAAAUCUUGAGGAAUUCAAAAUAUAUGAUCGUUUGCUAAAGGAACGUGCUGCUCAAACUGGCGAAGAUACUAAACUCGUUUGGACUAAAGCCAUGCGCCGCUUGUUUAGUCUUGUAGCUCGAUGCCUUCAAAACAACGAGCCUGUUCUUCUUGUUGGUGAAACUGGUUGUGGUAAGACAACUGUCUGCCAAAUGCUCGCCGAAACUUACAAGCGUGAGCUUCACAUUGUCAAUUGUCAUCAAAACACAGAAACAGGUGAUUUGCUUGGUGGUCAACGUCCUGUCCGUAGCAGAGAUACCAGUGAUGACCCAGAAAAGCAGCAACAAUUAUUUGAAUGGCAUGAUGGUCCACUUGUUCAAGCCAUGAAGGAAGGUCACUUAUUCUUGCUGGAUGAAAUCUCUCUUGCUGACGAUUCAGUGCUCGAAAGAUUGAAUUCCGUCCUUGAACCUAGCCGUCUUUUAGUUCUUGCUGAAAAAGGUGGUAAGCAUGUUGAAGAAUUGUAUGGCGCACCCAACUUCCAGUUCUUGGCUACCAUGAACCCUGGUGGCGAUUACGGUAAAAAGGAGCUUUCUCCUGCUCUGAGAAAUCGUUUCACCGAAAUUUGGGUUCCUUCUGUAACAGACAGAAAUGAUUUGAUCAGUAUUAUUAACGAACAAAUGACACAUCCAGACCUCAAGGGUUACAGCGAAAAAAUGCUUGAUUUUAUUGCUUGGUACACACAAGCUAUUGGUCAAAGUCGCACUGUCGUUUCUUUGCGUGAUGUUCUUUCUUGGGUCCGGUUUAUUAAUGUCACUGUUGAUUCUGGUUUGAGUCCUGAGCUCAGUUUUGCUCAUGGUGGUUGUCUUGUGCUACUCGAUGGUUUAGGCUCUCACGGAUCCUCUGGUUCUUUUAUGGCAGGCCAGUUAUUAAGGGACUUCAGGUUGAAAUGCUUGAGACACCUUUCCGGUAAAACCAAUGCUACAGAGCUUGAAAUUUUGGGCGAGACUAAGGAUAAGGUCAAAACUGCUGGAGACAAGUUUGCUAUCGGACCUUUUGAAAUCCCUCGAGGCCAAUUGGCAAGAACAGAUAUCAAGUUUACAUUACUAGCCCCUACUACCUCUGAUAAUGCUAUGCGUGUUAUUCGUUCUAUGCAAUUGAAGAAACCUAUUCUUCUUGAAGGUAGUCCUGGUGUAGGUAAGACUAGUUUAAUUUCUGCUUUGGCAGCCGCUUCUGGUCACAAUCUUGUUCGAAUCAAUUUAUCUGAACAAACUGACUUGAUGGAUCUUUUUGGUUCUGAUCUUCCAGUUGAAGGAGGUAACAGUGGCGAGUUUGCUUGGAGAGACGCUCCUUUCUUACAAGCCAUGAAGGCCGGUGAUUGGGUGUUAUUGGAUGAGCUGAAUUUAGCAUCUCAAUCUGUCUUAGAAGGUUUGAAUUCUUGUUUGGAUCAUCGUGGUGCAGUCUAUAUCCCUGAACUUGAUAGAGAAUUUUUCUGCGCUAAAGAAUUCCGUGUGUUUGGUGCUCAAAACCCUCUUCAACAAGGUGGUGGUCGUAAGGGUUUACCCAAGUCUUUUGUUAACCGUUUUACUCAAGUAUAUGUUGAGCAAUUGACUUCUGAUGAUCUCUUAUUUAUUUGUUCUCAUUUGUUUUCUGAAUUCGAACCUUCUACUUUGUCAAAAAUAAUUGAAUUCAAUAACAGAAUGUACGAAGAAACAAUGGUUCGUUGCUCUUUCGGUCGUAAGGGUAGUCCUUGGGAAUUCAACUUGCGUGAUGUCUUCCGUUGGCUAGAAUUGAUGCAAAAGGACAAUGUCAAAGAUCCUGCAGAAUAUCUCGAUAUUAUUUACAUGCAACGUAUGCGUGCUCAUGAAGACCGUAUACAGACCAUUCAGUUGUAUGAAUCUGUAUUUGGCAUCAAAUAUGAUCGCCCUGCACAACCCCGAUUUGAAUUGACUCCAAGUUCUUUUAUUGUUGGUCAUUCUAGCUUGGCUAGAAAGCAUUCCGAAAACUCAGAUGUUUCUGGACAAGAGCUUCAUGUACUUCAAUCGUUCUUGUCACCUAUUGAAUCUUUGAUGAAAUGUGUUGAAUCCUCUUGGAUGGCUAUUGUAACUGGUCCUUCUGCUUCUGGUAAAACCUCUCUUGUUCGCCUCCUGAGCAAGUUGACUGGUAACCAAUUGGAAGAAUUCGCUAUGAAUAAUAGUGUAGAUACGAUGGAAUUACUUGGUGGUUUUGAACAAGUGGAUUUGAACCGCCAUCGUCAGGUUGUAAUGGAAAAUCUCUAUUAUAUGACUAGGCGUGCAUCAAAGAAUUUGCUCAUGUAUUUUGCUUCUCUUGAAGCUGGCAGCGAACAAUAUGGUACUGUGUUGCAACUUGUUCGUCAGCUCAACGAUUCAUGGUAUGUCCUCGAAAGUAAACAACAAAUGAAGCUUUUGUCAGCCGAUCCUGACUCUGGUGAACUGGAUUAUACUCUUGUCUCUAAUGUGCUCAACUGCUUAAAUUCCGCUUCAGUUAUUGACCAAGAGGCUCAAUUGGAUAUCAAUUUAAUUACUGUAGCUAUCCAGAACCUUCAAAAGCUUGAAAAGGAAACUGUUGCAGGCAAGUUUGAAUGGAUCGAUGGUCUUUUGAUCAAUGCUCUUGAAAAGGGCCAUUGGCUUUUGAUUGAUAAUGCCAAUAUGUGUAACCCUUCUGUUCUUGAUCGCUUGAAUCCUCUGUUUGAAAAUAAUGGUGUUCUCAUGGUCAACGAGCGCGGCCUUGUAGACGGCACAGUCAAGGUGAUCAAGCCCCACCCUAACUUUAGAAUGUUUAUGACGGUUGAUCCUCAAAAUGGCGAGCUUUCUCGUGCAAUGAGAAAUCGUGGUAUAGAAAUCUCAUUGGUUGAUUCCAACUGGAACAAGAAUACUCAAGAUGUAGUUAAACUUGCCAACUCUUUGGGCAUGCGUGGCCCUCAACUGCCUAUUGUGAUCAAUGAAUUGCAGCAUGAAGCUACGAAGCAGCGCAAGCAUUUUGGUAAAGCAGAAAAUGUGCGUGAUUACUUGCUCUUCACUACUUAUCUAGUUGAGCGUGUUCAACGUGGUCAAUCGCUUAAAGCAGCUUUAAGGGAUUCUUUCUUUCAAGUCUUUGUUGAUAUCAAGGAUGCUCCUGAAACAUUAGCAGCAUUGCUUGAAAUCGACACAGAAAGCGAUCUACUUCAAAACAUGCUUUCGCCUACAAACUCUCCUUUCCUUAUUGGUGGUCAGUUGUUCCAAGAGGACUCUGUCCUUGCUACCAUUGCGCUUCAAGGUGCUUAUCUCGUCUAUUUGUUACAAAGCGCCAGUCCUGAAGACUCUAAGUCGCUUGAAAAGAUCGACAUUGCUAGUGAUUAUUUCUUGGAACACUUGACUUAUCAAGACUAUGGUGUUCGUCUUCGUUGGUUAGGUUACAUCUCCCAACAAGCUGUCUCUACAAAUUCAGCUGUGUUAGAACGUAUUGCUUACUUGAUGAAAGAAUUGUAUGGCCAUCCAACAUUUAUAGAACUUUCAAAGAUGCAAUCCGAAAGGAAGAAUGGUAUUCACUCUGAUGCCGUUGUGUUAGAAUAUACUCGCAACGCUUAUCAUUUGCUUAUUCGAACUUACAAACAAGAAUAUGCAGACAAGAACAUGCAAAGUGCAGCUCACCGUCUCAAGAUUGGUAAUUUGACAGCUCUUCAGCAAUCUUAUUGUUUCCAUCAAGGACGCUUGGACGAAAACCAAUUAUUGCAUCCUGUUGUCAAGAAACUUCACCCUCUCUUUGAAUCCAUCAAGUCUGCUUUUGCUUCAUGGAUCAAUCAAGGCUAUUAUCAUACAUGUUCUGCACACGUUUUUGAAGCAUUUAGCAAAAUUCUUGAUGCUCGAGAUUAUGCCUGGAAUCUUACUCAGCUGCAAAGCUUAAGUCUUGACAAUCUCCUAAUUAUCCUUAAAAUAAUGAAAGAUCUUAUGUCUGCUACAGAUAUCAAGUUCUCUCACAUGGAUCCGGUCUUUACUCGAAUUGAAGAUAUCAUGUCCGGAUUUGAUUUCAACACAAGCAAAUCUAUGAAGGCUUUGUGGAAAUAUUUCUGCCCUGCCACUUUGUCAUCUAAAUCUUUGCAUGACUUGGAAACAGAGCUUCACAAGGUCAAUGAAACCAUGAAUUGCUAUAGAUUUAACUCAGAAGAUGGUCUUGCGCCCAGAUCAAUUGUUUUGCAUGCCAACCCUGAAGCCAAGGAAGCCUUAGUUGAAGGCAUUGCUACACUCUAUGCAGUCAAUGAAAAUGAUAGUGAGAAUACCGAGAAAGUUGUGAAGUCUCUCCAAAAGUUACCUGAAUAUAUUCGUGGCCAACUCGAGUCUUCUGAACCUUCCAAAGAAACAGUUAAAAGAGAUACUUUCUGGGAUACUGCCCUAAUACCCUUGUACGACUACGCUAGUGUGGUUCAUGAAAUGGAGUUGAUUGCUAAUCUUUACCAUACUGCCUGCAGUAUCUCUAACACUGCUGUCUUGGAAGAUUUGGUGGAGCAAAUGCUCAAGUUUAGAAAGUUUGCCUUCGACAAGACUUCUCGCCCUCCUCAAGACAUAGUUCCUUAUCAGCGUCUUGUCUGGUUCUUGGAUUCUGGAAAUGCUGAAGCUUUCUCUGGUGCUCUCCCUGGUAUGGUUCAAGAUGCCGCUUACACUCAUCAUCAACGUCUUUGGCGUUCAAGUAUCUAUCAAAAGAACCUUUAUCAACUAACACCCUCUGAAGAUGAAAUUGAUCUUGGAAUUACUGAAGGCUCUCUUAACCUUUUCCAAAGCGUUGAAACUCUUGUUUGCUUGAAUAUUCUGAGCUCUGUGGAGAAGAUGCCUGUUGAAGCUUAUGACAACGCUCUUACUCAGCUGAAGAACUUGAAGCAUUUCCUAACGGCUAAUGUUAAUCUAAAAGAUAGAAAGGCACUUGAGGUUGCUACAUUAAUUGCUAUGGCUCGACAGUUGUUGAAUGCUUCAUCAGAAAUGUUGACUAAAGAAUUCUUGAACAACAUCUCUUCAGAGUUUGCUAAGGUCUCAGACUUUGUUAGUACAUUGUUACGAGUUACCAUCUACUCCAACAAUGAUGCUAGCAUUCAAUGCGAAGAAGCUUUGUCUGCAUUUGCCCAAAUACUCAAGCUAGUACAAAGCAACAAUCUCAACAAGUACUUUGCUGCUGGUAUUACUUCUAUCAGCGAUAGCAUACAAUGCUUAAGAAGCAAGAGCUUCGAAGGAUUUUACUCUGCUGCUGGUAAAGCCCGUGUUCUUUUAGGCUUGGCUUUCGUCUCUGCAUAUAUUCCAGAUUAUCCUGUUGAUCCUACCUCUGAACCUCGUCUUCAGGUCGAUUUGUUAAUGAAGAAGAAACAAGAACACGCAGACAAUAUUGAUGUUCGUUCCAACAUUGAAAAGAUAUACACUGGUAGCAACACUAAUCAAAAGAUCAUGCAAGAGCAAUCCAACUUAGAUCAAGUGAAUGCUCAAUUGGCUCAAAGUUCUACUAUCUUCUCUUUGCGUCCUGCUCGAUCUCAGUUAGAUGAUAUUUUUGUUGACUUACGAUAUCUUCAGAAGAGCAUGCUCGAUCAAAACGUUGAAAACUUACUAGUUGAUCUUGAAGCCAAUGGUGUCGACUCUGUGUUGCAACGUGAAGACCUUCUUCAAGGCAAUGCUCUCCAAUUUGUUGAUCGAGUGAUGCACAAGUUCCCUUGUAUAAGGACAUCCUUCAGCCUUUGAUUGUCGCUGUCGAUGAUAUCAAAUAUGGUUUGCGCAUCUUGACUGCCAAUGCUAGAAGUGAUCCUACAGACAAGUUCCUUUCUAAGGUCAUAGAACUUCUUGUUCGCGAUCCUGACGUUUCUCACCAUGAUUCGAGUCUCGAAUGGCAUACUCUUGCUUCUCCGGGCAAAAUUGCUAAGCUAAAGAGCAU